AUGAUUGAAUGUGAAAACCUAAACCAAGAAGAAAUAAUUAAGGAACUGUGUUUAUGCAAUGGUUUGUCUUACGAGAUGGUUGGACAAGAAGGAUCAGAUAUUUCAGAACUGGAGAUGUUUUUCUCAGGGUAUCCCCGUAUAGUUGGAUUAUCAUUAUUUCCUAAUCUAACGAGUCUCACCAUUGUUGCUCAAGAUAUAAAGGAAAUAUCAGGACUAGAAACUUGUUUACGGCUUAAAGAACUUUGGAUUGCCGAAUGCUGCAUAGAGAAAAUUGGAGGUCUUCAAGAAUGUAGAAAUUUAGAAAAAUUGUAUUUAUAUUUUAAUAAAAUUUCCAAGAUAGAAAAUUUAGAGAAAUUAUUCAGAUUGGAAGUUCUUUGGCUGAACCACAAUACAAUUAAAAAUAUUGAGGGCUUGCAAACUUUGAAGAAUUUAAAUGACCUCAACCUUGCUGGAAAUCUAAUAAGCAGCAUUGGUCGAUGUCUUGAUCCCAAUGAACAACUGGAAAGAUUAAACCUUUCUGGUAACCAAAUAUGUUCUUUCAAGGACCUCACUAACUUAACCAGGCUGCGUCACUUAAAGGAUUUAUGUCUGAAUGAUCCUCAGUAUAAAACCAAUCCAGUUUGUCUGCUGUAUAAUUAUUCCACACAUGUAUUAUAUCACUUGCCUAGCCUUCAAAGACUUGACACGUUUGAUGUGUCAGCAAAACAGAUCAAGGAACUGGCAGAUACCACAGCAAUGAAAAAAAUAAUGUAUUACAAUAUGCGUAUAAAAACUGUUCAGAGGCAUCUUCAUGAAGACCUUGAAAAAUUGAAUGAACGAAAAUGCAAAUUACAGAAAUUGCCAGAAGAAAGAAUAAAAUUAUUUAGCUUUGUGAAAAAAAAUCUGGAACGGGAACUUGCGGAACUCAAGGGAUCUGGCAAAGGGCACAGUGAUAGAUCCAAUAACAAUAAAGUAGCUGAACUUGAAAAAUCAGAGAAGUGUGAAACUGUCACAGAAGAGCCAAAUCUUCAACAGAAGAUACUGACCAAACUAAAUGCCUUGAAUGAAAGGGUAACAUUCUGGAACAAAAAACUAGAUGAGAUUGAAGCAAUUUAUCAUGUUGAAGUAAAACAAAAGAAGAAAAGCCAUGGCUUAUGGAUCCCAUUUUUGUUAAUUGAGUUGGAAACUGUGGGAAAUAUCCACUUUGAAGAAGGCACUCAAUCUGAUGACUGGUUUAACUCCUGCUAUGAACUAGUUCUCUCACGUUUUUGUACCUGGGACUUCAGGCCAUAUGGUAUUACUGGAGUGAAAGUAAAACGUAUCAUCAAAGUUAACAACCGUACUCUGAGACUAAAAUUUGAAGAGAAACUCCAGAAGUUUCUUGACAGUGAAGAUAUGCAUGAUUCAGAGAGCUAUCGAAAGAUGCUGGAAUGUCUUUUUUAUGUUUUUGAUCCUGAAGUUACAGUGAAGAAAAAGCAUCUGCUACAAAUACUUGAAAAAGGAUUCAAAGACAGUGAAACGAACAAGCUGCCUCUCAGAAAAGAAGCUGUUAUUCUCGCUAACAGCCUAAGUAUGUGUGAGUGUCCCAGAAUUGAAUUUCUGCAGCAAAAGUACAAAGAUGAGAAGAACUCUCCUGAGCAGGAGCUCUUCAGGCAUGGCAUCCUCCUCAUUACAAAGGUUUUCCUUGGCCAGAGUGUUCAGGCUCGUGAACAGGACUCCAUCAAUCAAGCUAACUAUCCAAUGGUUAAUUCAGUGUUUGUUCCUCGAAAAUAUUUACUAAAUUCUAUCACGGGACAGAGAAACUGUGAUUGCAGCAUUCGGCAGUGCAAGUGGUUUGUCUUUGAUCAUGAUCUUGUUUUGCCAGAAUACAUCGUUGAAUUUGAGUAUAUUACAAUGGUAAAGCCUCACUCUUUAUUUUCUUCAUUCAACAAUGUUAUUCUAGAAGAAAGCAAAAAAAAUUCAGAAGGAUCAUUACUGUCUCAGGAUUUGCAAUUUGAUGAUGAAGUUAUAAAAAUGGAUCCCAGGAUCAAGCCCAGACCAAAACUUAUUAAUUUGGAUGAUAAAACAAUACUUUCCCUUGCCAAGACUAACAUUUACAGUCAUAUUGUGAGUCUGAAUCUACAUGGAAACAGCUUGAGUAAAUUGAGAGAUCUCUCCAAGUUAACAGGACUUCGAAAACUUAGUAUCAGCUUUAAUGAAUUUACCUGUUUAGAUGAUGUAUACCACUUGUAUAACCUUGAAUAUUUGGAUGCAAGCCAUAACCAUGUGAUAACAUUGGAGGGAUUCAGAGGUCUGAUGAAACUCAAGCACCUAGACUUGAGCUGGAAUCAACUGAAAAAGUCUGGUGAUGAAAUAAAUAUGUUAUGCAAACACACCGCAAGCCUUCUUACUCUUGAUAUUAGGCAUAAUCCAUGGCAAAAGCCAGCCACAUUAAGGCUGAGUGUUAUUGGCAGAUUAAAGACUCUCACUCAUUUAGAUGGACUCCUCGUUUCUGAAGAAGAAACAAUAGCAGCAAUGAAAUUUAUUACUGGAACAAAGAUUACUCAGUUAUCGCUCUUACGGCAUUCUAGUACUAAAGAGGAGAGACCACGGACACUUAGUAUAUGGCCUUCUGCAAAAAUUCUGACACAGAUUUCAAAGUUGGGACCACAUUUACAUGUGAAUGGAAACUGGUACUUGAAGAUAACUGCUUUAAAUUUAGAUGGGCAACAUCUCUUUGAAAUCACAAAUUUAGAAAAAUUGGAAAAUUUGAAAUGGGCAUCAUUCAGCAACAAUAAUCUCACUAAAAUAGAAGGCUUGGAAUCCUGUGUUAACUUGGAAGAACUCAUGUUAGAUGGAAACUGUAUCUCAAAGAUAGAAGGCAUUUCCAAGCUGACUAAAUUAACCCGCCUCAGCAUAAAUAAUAAUCUUCUCAAUGGUCUGGAAAAACAUACUUUUGAUAACAUGCUUCAUCUUCACUCCCUUUCUCUUGAGAACAACAGAAUUACUUCAUUGAGUGGUUUACAAAAAGCUUUUACUCUGAUUGAAUUAUACAUAAGCAAUAACUAUAUUGCUCUCAAUCAGGAGAUCUAUAAUUUAAAGGGUUUAUGCAACCUGGUCAUUCUCAACAUGUAUGGAAACAUUAUUGUAUGGAAUCAAGAAAACUACCGGUUGUUUGUAAUAUUUCACCUUCCAGAACUGAAAGCUUUGGAUGGAAUCUCCAUUGAACAACCAGAGACUGAGUGUGCAAAAGACUUGUUUGGUGGCACACUUACUUCUGACAUGAUUGCAGAACGACAAGGACAUUCAAACUUCACUCAAAUGCAAGAACUCAGUUGGACUUCAUCAUCCAUCAGAACUGUGGACUUGAUUCCAGUUGACCAAUUUAGAAAUGUAUGUAAUGUGAAUCUACAAAACAAUAAUCUCACCUCAUUCAGUGGAUUAAUCUAUCUGCCUAAUGUGAAGGUCUUAUGCCUCAACUAUAAUCAUAUUGAAUCAAUCAUGCCCAGACUAAAACCUCAGACUCACUUGACCAACAGACAGCUACUCUACCAGAAAGUGCCUUCCAGUGGCUAUGGACAACAAGGAACUUCAAAAAUAAACAGAGAUACAACAAACAGUGAAAAUUUGCCUCCAAUAAUGCAUAGUUUAGAAGUUCUUCAUUUGGGCUAUAAUGGAAUUUGUAAUUUAAUUCAGCUACAGCUUAAUAGACUAAGAAAUUUAAAAUUCCUCUUUCUACAAGGGAAUGAAAUCAGUCAAAUUGAAGGACUUGACAAUUUAGUAGUCCUUCAAGAAUUGGUAGUGGACCAUAACCGCAUCAGAGCAUUUAAUGACAGUGCCUUUGCCAAACCAAGCUCUCUGUUGGCACUUCAUCUGGAAGAAAACAGACUACGAGAGCUGAGCAAACUACAAUCUUUGGUAAAACUUGAGAAACUCUUCCUAGGAUAUAAUAAAAUCCAGGAUAUGACAGAACUGGAAAAACUUGAUGGUAUCUCUUCUCUCAGAGAGCUUACAGUUUAUGGUAAUCCAAUUUGCAGAAAAACACUACAUCGCCACAUGCUCAUAUUUCGGCUGCCUAACUUACAGAUGUUAGACGGAAUUCCUGUGAAUUCAGAUGAUAGGGCAAAAGCUGAAUUUCAAUUCUCUGAACUACAAGCAAAGAAAACUUCGCUCAUUCCUGUUACCAACUGUCCAAUGGAUGGUGGGUCAUUUGGCCAAGUGAAAGCUCCUCCCAUGAAGAUAACAAAUGUAAUUCUGCCUAGUGGAUUUAGCCAUUACUUGGGAUCUGACUUCACUUUAACUCCUGAAGCUGAAGACAAAAAAAACAAGAAUGCAGGGACUCUGACAAAUAAUCCUCGGAGCAUCCAUGCAGAAAUAGCUUUUCGGCAACUCAGAGGAAUAGAUCCCUCUCUGUCUCUUUUAUCACAUCAGAAUAUGACAUCUCCAACUACACAAAUGUACCAGAGCAACCCAGAUGAGGGAAGAAUUCCUGGCAGCCACUUUCCAAGAUCAAAUCGAAUGUAA